GUAGAUAGUUGUGAUAUAGUUUCGAGAUACGAACUUGCACAUGCGCGCAUGGCCAGAACUUUGAUAUAUAUAUGAAUGACUAGCUUAAUUCACCACUGUAUGCCUGUAAUUUUGGUCAAAGGCUUGCCUUAAAAUAUAUUAAUAAGGCGACAAGUACUUGUUCAUCCUUAAGUCGUUCAACAAUGUAACAAGGUCUGCUAGUGAGGUAGGGGAUUUAGUCAAAAUAAGGGUCGCUACGUGGAUGAAAACUAAGUUCGACAUCAAGAUGUACUCGGUGGAGGAGUUUAAGAGCUUUUUAGGUGGAAUCCGUAAACUAAAGCUCUAAGUUUGGCCUUAUGGUGUUGUAACAUCCAACUUUCGGUUGGAUAUCGAUGCUCUCUUCUGUUUUUUCUCCUUUUUCCCUCUCGAUGUACCCCGUUUUUAUAAAAUCGUUUUCGUUUGCCAGGAAAAAAAAAAAAAAAAGUCGUUCAUUUAAUUACGUACCCAUGCAUCUCGAUCCAUUCUGCUCCUCCUCUAUUUCUAUUUCUAACCUCCCUUUUACCUCAUCAAUCUGCUCAGAGAGAGAGAGAGAGAUAUGGGUGACACUGCUGUUGAUUUUUUCUUGAAGACCUUGAAGCAGCUUAUAACGAGCUCCAAUCUCGAUUUCCCAAUAGACACGAAAGACCAACUUCAAUAUCUUGAGAAGGAGAUAAAGUACCCGAGAGAGUUCCUCAAGAUUACAGAGAAGAAACGCAACAAGCAUUCAGAAGUGAUGAAACUUGUGAUGCAAAUCAGAGACGUGGUUUCCGAGGUAGAAAACAUUGUAGAACUAUUCAUGGUUCUUGUUUCCAAGGCUGAUCACGCCUCUGAUUCUCUUCUUGAACAUCAGGAUCACAGGUCAAGUGUCAAAGAGAAGAUCAAGACUCUUACGGAUGAGGUGAAACAUAUUUACGAAGAGAAUAUGUAUGACCUGAAUGGAGUAGAAGUCAAAAAACUCAAGCACUCUUCUUCAAAAAGUGAAGGAGGAUCAAGUUCAUCAAGAGGGAAAAACACAUCCAAAGUAGUAGAAGAGAAGACACUGGUCGGUUUCGAGGAUGAGAUAGAGACGUUAAUGGGAAAGCUUCAUGAUAGUGAAGAGGGUGGACGGCUGGAGCUUAUAUCUAUCAUUGGCGUUGGUGGAGGCAGCAAAACCACAUUGGCCAGAGAAGUGUAUGAUCGUCCUUUGACGUCAGAGAAGUUUGAAAUUCGCGCAUGGGCAAAUGUUUCUCAAGACUAUCACAAGACCAUGAAGAGGGAUUUGUUAAUUAGUAUUUUGAAAUCAACUUCCCCAGAAAAAAAUGAAGAUUACAGAGAGAGUAGCGAGGAUAAGUUGGGAGAAAAGUUAUAUAAAUGCUUGCAGGGUAGAAAAUAUCUUAUUGUCAUGGAUGACAUAUGGGACAUUGAGGCUUGGAAUGAUAUCCAAAGAUCAUUCCCUAGGGAAUGCAAGGGGAGUAAAGUGUUGUUAACUAGCCGAUUCCCUAUUCAACCAGAUAGAGUUCCCUACAUCCCUCAUUGGUUGAAGCCCUUACCAAAAAGUUGCAGUUGGGAGUUAUUACAAAAGAAGGUAUUCGGGAAGAAACACUGCCCACUGGAGUUGGUGGACAUCGGUAAGCAAAUCGCAGGAAAAUGUAAAGGACUUCCACUCGCAGUUGUCGCAAUAGCUGGCAUUUUGGCAAUGGAAGACAAGACACUCGAUGUGUGGGAGAAAGUUGCCAAAAAUUUAUGUUCAAUCAUUGCCAAAAACAAAGAGGGCUGCAUGGAGAUACUAGAACUUAGUUACAAUCACCUGCCUCUUCAUUUAAAAGCGUGUUUUCUUUACAUUGGAGGACACCCUGAAGAUUCUAAAAUCCCCGUACGCAAGUUGAUAUGGUUAUGGAUUGCAGAGGGAUUUAUUCAGCAAAGUGAUGGGGGAAAAAGCUUGGAGGCCAUAGCACAAGAUUACUUGAUCGGUCUUAUUGAUAGAAAUCUUGUAAUGAUAGCUACAAAAAGUAAAUCCCACGGAGGAAUUAAAGCAUGCUGUAUCCAUGAUCUUCUGCGUGAAUUAUGCUUGAAAAAAGCAGAGGAGGAUAAUUUUCUUGCACAAAAUUACGGGGAUGAUUCUUUUUCAUCUUCUACUACAAAUAAGCAUCGUCGCCUCUUCGUUGGCCGUCACUUCUUUCGUAAGCUUCCCCGAAGGCCUCGUGCUCGAAACCUUCGAUCUUUUCUGUUCCUCUCCUUGCCAAACUCUUCACAUUCCUUGCCAAACUAUUCAUAUUCAAGGCUUGAACUGUUAAAUCCAUUCAUGACUAGGCCACAUUCAAUGCAAAUGAAUCUAUCAUUUUUUGUUGAAAACUUUGAACUUCUCAGGGUGUUGCAUGUAUUAUCUGUUACAAGCCAAGGAGAAAUAGGAAUAGGAGAUCUAGUUCAUUUGAGAUACUUAGCAUUUGGGUUACAAGAAGGAAAACUUUACCAUUGUGCACCAAAUUGUUUUCACUACCUCUCAAACCUAGAAACCCUUAACCUCCAAGUUACAUUCCGGGUGAAGAUUUUGUUGCCUCGCGAUAUAGUUAAGAUGGUUAAGUUGAGGCAUCUAUAUACUAAAAAGGGGAUAUUCGAAUAUCAUCAUGUUUCCAAUUAUGAUGAAGAGGAGGGGAGUAUGUUGGAUAGCUUACAGACCUUGCACCGAAUGUGUGUUUGUGAGCAUUGCCUACGUUUUUUGGAAAGGACUCCUAAUCUAAGGAAGCUAGGACUUUGUGGAGAUCGACGUCAUUAUAUUUUCGCCGACUUAGAAUUCUUAAAAUGCCUUGAGAUACUCUAUGUCUACUCCAGAAGCAUUAAUGGGCUGAAGCUUCCUCCUACUCUUACGCGGCUAACUUUGAAAUAUACGGGAUUGAAGUGGGAGGAUCUGUCAAUAAUCCUUCAAACCUUGCCGAGCCUUGAGGUUCUCAAAUUAUUACGCAAUGCCUGUGUGGGACCAGUUUGGGACACAAGUGAACUUGAGGAGGGGUUCCCUCAACUCAAGUGCUUGAGGUUAGAAGAUUUGAACAUCAAGGAGUGGAAUGCUUCUGAAGAUCAAUUUCCGAGACUUGAGGUCCUAGUGAUUUUAUGGUGCCGAAGACUGAAGCGGAUCCCGAUUGAUUUUGCUAAUCUAAACGAACUUCGCGAAAUUACGAUUAAGCACUCCAGUCAAUCUGCAGAGGAAUCAGCCAGGGAAAUUCAGGAAAAGCAAAGAAAUAGAAGAGGAGAUGAUGAUUGCCUUAAUAUUACAUCCAGGCGUAAACAGCUCAGUUUUAUUUUAAGUUCCUGGACCAAACCUACACUGGAUUGUUGAAUGUGGAUACAUAAAUGAUGCUGAAUGCAGUUUCUCGUGUGUGGAGCGAGCAUUUCACGAGACCUUUUAGUCAUGAUUGUUGCUUGAUCUUCUACCUACUCUCCCUAUUCAAAACUUGUUUCCCGCUUUUGGAAUCCUAAAAGCUAGAGUCAAAACUCUUCACUUCACCCAACACCAAAAUCCCCCAAAGUUACCGUUAUUCCCCAGAAAAACCCA